UAAAAUAAAUGGGCCUCACUAAGUCCGUAAGCUGAAUCCGAAUUCAAGCUCGGACGUAGAAUUCGGGUAUUCCACGACCCAUGGACCCGCGUCGUGAACUUCGAGACCCAAUUGAUGAAACAAGCGAUUUGUACGAUGAAGAGUGUUGCUUGAACCAUUUGAGCUUUGCAUGUUCAUUCGGCACCGAUGGAUUCAGCUUCUAUGCAAGUAGCCACCUCAAAAAAUUUUCUUUGCCCAAAUGCUUCAGUGGCGAAGGUUGCAGGUUCCAAGAAGAUUGCCACCGUCAAUUUCAGGUCCAAAUUCAAAGGAUGUGAAACCAAAAUCCAUGUCGUUUCCUCAAAUGGUUCUGUCUCUAGCUGCUCUUCGCGUCCGUCUGUGUCAAGUUUGAAGGCAGAUGAUAACAAACGCAGAAGUAAUCUUGAAUCUCUGUUUUGUUAUGAUAAAGCUAUUCCAGAAGAAAUAAUUGAGAAGCCUAUUGGGCUAUCUUUGGAAGAGAAAUCUAUUGGUAACAAUCCCCGAUGCACUGAUUGCGAGGCCAAAGGUGCUGUGCUUUGUGUCACUUGUGCUGGUUCUGGUCUAUAUGUUGAUUCCAUAUUGGAAAGCCAGGGCAUAAUUGUUAAAGUUCGUUGCUUAGGCUGUGGGGGAACAGGCAAUAUAAUGUGUGCAGAAUGUGGCGGACGAGGUCAUCUGGGACCCAAAUGAUCAAGUCCUGACCUUUUUUAAUUUUGUUGUACCACCAAUAUAUAGUCUUUUGGCUGAUAUUGCAUGUAACCAUUUUAUUUUUAUUGUUUUGUAAAUCAAGGAGUCUUGAUGACUGAAAAAAAAUAAGAUAUUUACAAAAAUCUCUGCUAUUCCUAAAGCAUGAGCUUGUGGUCAGAUCAGAUGACUGUCAUAUUUAUUCUUAAUUAUUCGAUUCCUCGAGGCACUUUAUUUUGCUCACAGUGAUGAUUACUUGUAAUAAUACUUUUACAUGAAAGAUACAUACAGUUGAUUUA